AUGACAAACAAUUGCUUUUCAGGUUACAAAGACCUGAUCGAGGAGGAUGACUUGACUUUAAUAUGGGUUUCCAGGGACAAUAUUAAGCCAGUAAGGAUGCAAUCCGAGGGAGUGUUCAACACUCGGUACGGUUCAUUCCCUCAUAAAGAUAUUAUUGGCAAGCCUUAUGGUUCUCAAAUCGCCAUAAGAACAAAAGGCUCGAAUAAAUUUGCCUUCGUCCAUGUUUUGCAACCAACGCCUGAACUGUGGACUUUAUCAUUACCACACAGAACUCAAAUUGUAUAUACACCUGACUCUUCGUACAUCAUGCAAAGAUUGAAAUGUAGCCCUCAUAGUAGGGUGAUUGAAGCGGGUACAGGUUCAGGGUCAUUUUCACAUGCUUUUGCGAGGUCUGUAGGUCGUCUUUUCAGUUUUGAAUUUCAUCAUGUGAGGUACGAACAAGCCUUAGAGGAAUUCAAAGCACAUGGCCUUAUUGAUGAUAAUGUCACGAUGAUUCAUCGAGAUGUCUGCCGAGAUGGUUUUAUUAUUAAGAGGGGAGACACCACGUCUUACAAGUUUCCUAAUAAUGAAGCUACUGCCUCAUUGAAUGCAAAUGUAGUCUUUUUAGACCUACCAGCUCCUUGGGAUGCUAUACCUCAUCUGGAUUCUGUUAUUGCAACACACGAAAAGAUCGGAUUAUGUUGCUUUUCGCCUUGUAUUGAACAAGUAGACAAAACGCUAGAGGCAUUAGAGAAAUACGGCUGGACUGAUGUGGAAAUGGUGGAGAUUCAAGGUAGACAGUACGAAAGUCGAAGACAAAUGGUCAGAUCACUGGAUGAUGCCCUGGAGAGAUUAAGGGAUAUAAAAAGGCACAAACUUCAAGGUGUAGAAAGACGCAAGCGAAUGUUCAGCAAUACGAUAGAUUCCAACGAUGACAAAAUUGAAAAAAGGAACGGUGAGGGUAUACCAUUAACAGAAAAGGCAAAAUUCAACCCAUUCGGUAAAGGCUCUCGUAUCAAGGAAGGUGACAGCAACUAUAAAUGGCAGGAAGUCACUAAAGUUGAAACUGAGAUUAAAUCACAUACCUCGUACUUGACCUUUGCGUUCAAAAUCAUAGAUAAGUCCAGAGAUGAUGAGCAAUUUAAUGAAAUUCUGCAGUCUAAAAAAGAUCAAUCAAAGAGUUAA